GUUAUCAAUGCGUAGAUCACCACGUAAGCUUUGACCUAGAGACGACCCAGUUAAUACUCAAAGACUUGGCAGCUUUCCAUGCCAUACCAAUUGCUCUGAAGCUGAAGAAACCAGAAGUAUUCAAUGAGAAAAUCAGACCGUACUUGGCCCCGUUCCCUUUCCAGCCUAAGCCAAUUAAAGAAGAAAUCAAGUCAGUCUUCUUAGAGAUGCUUCAAGAUUCAUACAAAUGUAUACCCUGGAUACCAAAAGUUAAAAACAUUUUCGAGAACGUAAGAGCAGCAGGAGAUGCACCACCAAAGGAACCAUUCGCGACUGUAACUCACGGAGAUAUGUGGUUCAAUAACACUAUGAUAAAAUUUCAGAACAAGGUACCUGUUAGCAACAAGAUUAUUGACUUUCAAAACUGCGACUAUAAAUCACCAGCCACAGACCUGUUCUUUUUUCUUUUCACAAAUGUGCAGACGUCUGUACUACAAGACGAUUUCGACGGUUUGAUCGAAUUUUAUCACAAACACUUCAUUUCCCAUUUGGAGAAGUUGAAAUGCGACACUGCUCCUUUUAGUUUACCCAAGUUUUUAGAAGAAAUGAAAGCUGCGACGCCAGUUGAACUCGGGCAUUGUUUUAUGAUGAUAUUUUUGAAUUUUGGGGAAGAGCAGUUCGAUCACUCAUCAUCUGAUGUGGAUAAAAUAAAAGCAAGGAUACACUUGGCUAUGAAAGAGAAAUUAAGGAAUGUAAUCCAUACAAGCGGCAUGAGAGGAUGGCUGUAAUGAAAUGUUAUCUAUUUAAAAUU